AUGGUCAAAUCUGCAGACAAACUCGUGAACAAGAAGAUUGUUGUGGUUGGCGGGACAUCAGGGAUUGGCUUCGGAGCAGCACAAGCAUUCAUAGAUGCCGGCUCAAAAGUCAUAGUAAUCUCCUCAAAUCAAGGCCGAGUCGACGAAGCUGUGAAACGACUGAAUUCACCAAACGCAUCAGGCAUUGUUGGCAAUGUGCGCGAGGAAGAAUCCUUCAUUGAAGUUCUAAGGGGCCUCGCACCUGUAGACCACAUUGUGUUUUCUGGGGUGGACAAGAUCAUCCGUGGAAAGCUAGAGGAAUUGAACCUCGAGGAUGCGAAAUUCCUGUUUGGUGUAAAGUUCUGGGGUGCCGUUACAAUUGGAAAAGCGGUCAAGAAAUAUGAUAUCAUCAAUCCAAGAGGCUCCUUGACCCUUACUUCAGGAACUGCAGCGCUGAAGCCAGGAAAGGGCGCCUCGACCGGUGGCGCACUGAAUGGCGGAGUCAUCUCCCUCACCAAGGGACUAGCGGGUGAUCUUGCGGAGAAGAAGAUUCGAGUCAAUGUUGUCACGCCAGGCUUGGUGAAAAGUGAGCUUUGGACAAAGAUGGGUCAGACUGAACAGGAACAGCAGAAAACUUUUGAGAAGACGUCGUUGCCGGUGGGCUUUGUGGCGACGCCCGAUGAUAUUGCUGAAGCGUAUUUGUAUCUUGCCAAGGCGGACUACGCUACCGGGACUUCAAUUGAGAUUGAUGGCGGGUCGCAGUUGUGA